GUGCGGCAGCAUCGUUCCGAUAACGGAGGGACGCGGACAGACGACGGAUUCGGCUCGGCGGACUCGGCUCGGCUCUGUUUUCUUUCUCCUUCCUUCCUCCACCUCCUCCCCUCCUCCUCCAUGGACGAGACGAGCCCGCUGGUCUCGCCUCUCCGCGACUCCGGCGACUUCACCUACCGCCCGGCCGAGCCGCCGAGUCCCCGGGCCGGAUUUGGCGGAGCGCCGGGAACCGUGGUCCGCAUUCCGGCGGGAAGCCCCGGCCGCAGCCGAGACCGAGAGAGGCAGCCGCUGCUGGACCGGGACCGGGGAGGCUCCCCCCGCGGCGGCGGCGUUCACCGGAACGAGUUCUCCGAGGACCCGGAGUUCCGAGAGAUCGUCCGGAAAGCGGAGCGAGCCAUAGAGGACGGGAUCUACCCGGAGAGGAUCUACCAGGGAUCCAGCGGGAGCUACUUCGUCAAAGACUCGCAAGGGAAGAUCAUCGGAGUGUUUAAGCCGAAGAACGAGGAGCCGUACGGUCAGCUGAACCCCAAAUGGACCAAAUGGCUGCAGAAGCUCUGCUGCCCAUGCUGUUUCGGUCGAGACUGCCUUGUGCUGAAUCAGGGCUACCUUUCUGAGGCAGGAGCCAGUUUAGUGGACCAGAAACUGGAGCUCAACAUAGUACCACGAACCAGAGUGGUGUAUUUGUCGAGUGACACGUUUAACUACAGUGCCAUAGACAGAGUGAAGUCUCGAGGUAAAAGGCUCGCUCUGGAGAAAGUGCCCAAGGUCGGACAGCGCUUCCACAGAAUCGGCCUGCCGCCAAAGGUCGGCUCAUUCCAGCUCUUCGUAGACGGGUAUAAAGAUGCUGAUUUCUGGUUGCGGCGGUUUGAGGCAGAACCGUUACCGGAAAACACGAACCGGCAGCUCCAGCUGCAGUUUGAACGACUGGUGGUGCUGGAUUACAUCAUCCGCAACACAGAUCGAGGCAACGACAACUGGCUUAUAAAAUACGACUGUCCUAUGGACACAUCAGGCAACAGGGACACUGACUGGGUGGUAGUAAAGGAUCCUAUCAUUAAAAUAGCAGCCAUUGAUAACGGCCUGGCCUUUCCAUUAAAACACCCUGACUCCUGGAGAGCCUAUCCGUUUUACUGGGCGUGGCUGGCGCAGGCGAAGGUGCCGUUUUCUCAGGAGAUCCGUGAGCUCGUUCUGCCCAAACUGUCUGACCCCAACUUCGUCAAAGAUCUGGAGGAGGACCUGUACGAACUGUUUAAGAAAGAUCCAGGUUUCGACAGAGGGCAGUUCCACAAGCAGAUCUCAGUGAUGAGGGGACAGAUUCUGAAUCUGAGUCAGGCUCUGAAGGACGGUAAAACUCCGCUGCAGCUCGUUCAGAUGCCCCCCGUCAUCGUGGAGACGGCGCGGGCGCCGCAGCGCGCCAACACCGAGUCGUACACACAGAGUUUCCAGAGCAGACGGCCGUUCUUCACGUGGUGGUGAAGGCCGUGCGGAGACCACCGCGGUGAGGCGCUGGACUGGAUUUGACCGGUUGGAUUCGUGGACAGAUGACAGAAAAUGAAGAGGAAGCUGGUGGAGGAGGCGCAGCAGAGGGUCGCUUCAUUUAGCUGUAUUUGUCUUCUGAAUCAGUCACUGUCUGCUCCUCUUCAAGGAGAUAAAGAUACCAUAGGAACUACUCGCCGCUUACAGCUCUGAGAAGGAGCUGCUCUACCGUAGACAGACCUGCAGUGGACGUGAGCACCAUCACGAGGCUGCAGUCGGCUUCCUGCUCACCAGCUGCUUCUUACGAUUUUCCGUUCCACCUUAAAUGGUGCAGCAGUUACAUUCUAGCAAAUCAGUCAUUCCACCUUAAAUGGUAGAGCAGUUACAUUCAUACGGCACCAUUUAAAGUGGAACAG